CUCGAGUUGGUCUCAUCGCGUUGGCGUCGAGCAUGGCCAGCACCGCUCAGCCCCAGCAGAUCAACAUCGCUGAUCUGGACUUACAGCAGCUUGCCGAAGUACGACGCCAACUCGAAGAGGAGUUGUCCCAUCUCACCAACUCCUUCGCGCAACUCAAGCAAGCGCAGUCAAAAUUUAAACAGUGCGUAGACAACGUGCAAGAGGUAAAACCCAAGAAUGCAGGCACGACGAUACUUGUCCCGCUCACGAAUUCUCUAUAUGUCCCUGGUAAACUGAGCGAUCCGGAACACGUCAUCGUCGAUGUUGGCACGGGAUACUACAUCAAAAAAACGCGAGAGGAAGCCCGAAAAUACUACUCGGCCAAAGUCGAAUACAUCCGGAGUAACCUCGAGACCUUGUCGGAGACGAUACAGAAGAAGCAGGAAAAUGUAAACUAUCUGAUCAAUGUCAUGCAAGUCAAAAUCGGGGAGCAGUCGCAGUCGCCAGCACAGGCGUCGAAGAGCAACCCGUAAUUCGCCAUGUAUCCAUAUAAUCAACCAAUUCCAACGCUAUUUGGCUUCUUCGUUAGGUGAUGCAGAGUUAGAAGAGGGCUUGUCACCUGUAGUUGAUGUCCAGGAUAAACUCUGCGGACAUUGUACCGACCACCACCACACUCUUGCACUGACCGUCAUCGAUAGCGCACUUGACCUGGUCGACUG